AUGAAGAUGCAUCUACACUUUGUUUUCCUCUUUGCUGUCCGCUUCUCAGUGGCCGCACAUAUCUUCGUUGAUCGGAAAGGACAGGACUAUAAUCCUGGGUCAGCCGGCAAGCCUGUGAAGAGUAUCCGAAAAGCACAAGAGCUUGUCCGUGAACUCAUUCCGUCCGCACAAGAUGACAUCACUGUCCACCUUGGCCCAGGUACUUGGGUAAUUAACGAGCCCAUCAAGUUUAACAGUGAAGACUCCGGUACCAAUGGCUUAACGGUGACAUGGGCUGGUUCAGAUACGGUCAUCUCUGGAGGACACAAGAUUAUCGAUUGGACUGAAGGCAAGAACGGGAUAUGGUCUGCUUCCGUCCCGAAGGGGACGAAAUCCCGUAACCUCUACAUAAACGGAUUGGCUGCACAGUAUGCUCGACGGCGAAUCCGCAAUCGGACAGAUUUUGAGUACACCAAAAUCGGAAUGACCUGGAACAGCUCGGAUUACGACUGGAUUAUGAACACCCCAGGCAUUGAGAAUGGCGAGCUUCGGACGAUAAAUUCAUUUACGGAUCGUGUUGCGCUCAUCGAAAAGGUUAGCAACCGCGUCCUUGUGAUGAAGAAGGAUAUAUGGGCCAAUCAACUCAUCGGUUAUGACCAAAUCGCAGAGCCGUUUUGGGAUGGAGGCGUUUGGAUUCAAAACGUCAAAGCCUUGCUGACUGACGGCGGUCAAUUCUACCUUGACAGAAACGAAUCGACUGUCUAUUACAAGCCAUUGGAAGGCGAAGAUAUGGCCACCGUAUCUGCCUAUCUCGGCAUCCAAGAGGUUCUCAUGGUCGCCGGUGGAACCUAUAAAGAGCCGAUUCACGACUUGCACUUCGAGGGAAUCGCCUUUAAGCACAGCACUUGGCUAAGACCAGACACCUAUGGUUACAUAGAUCAACAGACUGGUGGUUACAUGGGAAAUGAUAGCCUGUGGCCUAAUUUUGAAGCAUCGAGGCCCCAUUGGUGGCAGAUGCCCAGCGCAAUCCAAGUCAGCGCGGCAUACAACAUCACCAUAGAGUCUUGUACUUUUCGAGAACUUGGAGCUGGAGGCAUCGGUGUAGGAAAUGACAAGAAUGCGCACCUGACGGGCGUUGGCCUUGGGGCGAACAACAUCCAUAUUGAUGACAAUUAUUUCACGCAGGUGAUGGGGAAUAGUAUCACCGUGGGAGGUAUACAAGCCGAUGCACACCACCCAUCACAGCCUCAGAUGCUUGUGUCAGACAUUCACGCCUCCAACAACAUAUUCAACAACAAUUCAGUCCUCUGGUCAUCCACCGUCUCCAUUCUCUUUACAUACACGCAAUUCUCUUCCAUAACACACAACGAUGUUUAUAACCAGCCAUAUAGCGGUAUUUGCCAUGGUUAUGGCUGGGGAAGCAAUGAUGAAGGAGGGAGCCCAGAGUACGUCAAGCGAGGCCUUUACAAUUACCAACCACUCUAUGAUACACCCACCGUCAUGAAGAACAAUUUGAUUGAGGGAAAUUUGAUUCAUCAUUUUGGUCAAUCUCAUACUGACUUUGGAGGCGCUGGCAAGCCCUAUAUCCUGGCACAUGAAGCCUCAAGAAACAUUACCUGGUUCAACAAUCUGGGUUUCACUUCAGGAAAGUAUUAUGCGCCAAACGAUUGGAUUCCGGAGCAGCUCACCGGAUGGAACACAGUGAUUGAUAAUUGGGGUAAACUCGGAGUCAAAGACAACGAGGUCCUAGAUGGGUUCCCAAAUCAUUCCGGAAGACGUAACAACACGUUCCUACGAAACUACCUUGCGCCCUACAUAAAUGGAACAAGCCUCAUAGCACAGCGAGCUGCAUAUCGUGCAGGGGUUAUCCCGUCAAAACGCAAGGGAAGGCCUAUCACAAACGAUCCAAAUAUCUCAGAUGCCUACUUGGAUGUCAAAGUCAGCGAUGGACAUGUCGUUGUUAACGUGACUAACUUUGACGAUUGGGACUUCAGAGACGUUGUUUUCCGUAUCUCGGGCCGUGGUAUCACCGGCGGUGUAUACUUUUUCUGGUUCCCCGAAGGGAAACGCCACCGCCUGGGUGAGCUAUGCAAAUCCGAGAACACAAAGGUAUCGCAGAGAGAAGGCGUUUUCUCUAACUAUGUAGCGAGAUACCCAGCCUGGAUUGCAUGA